GCUAAAUUACUAGGUCUGACCCCGGCCGGGAAGCCAGCUGUAUAAAGGCACCUGGCACCCGCUGCUCCCCGUCCCAGCUGGUAGAUGCCCCACGAUGAGGCUGCUCCUGGUGUUUCUGCUUCUGGCUGUUCUGUGCACUGACCUGGCCAAGCCCAGCGGCAUCCUGGUCAUGAAGUCCUGCACCCCGACGUGCCCCAACAGCACUGUGUCCUCGGAUGGCUGCUCUGUCUCCGUCUCCUGCUGCCAGGGCAACCAGUGCAACCACAGUGGAGCUGCGAGCCUGGCUGGUGGCCAUGGAGCCCUGUGGGUCGGCGCGUCCGUCAGCCUGCUGUGGGCGCUGCUCCGGGCGGCCUGGUGAGCGCAGCUACCACGGGUCAGCCCUGGAUCUGGCCUGUCCCCUCCCAGCCUGGACUCAGGCUGCAGGGGUCUGUCUCCAGCCUGCGAAGCUCCCAGCACAGCCCCAGCCUGGCAGGAAGAGCCCUGUCUCACUUGUCACUCCUCUCUGCUUCCCCCAGGCCACAUCCGCGCCCUCAGCCUCCUACCCCAGGGAGGGACGCUCCCCACCUGCCUCAGGGAACCCACCAAUGUGGAAAGCCAGGGGGGCAUGUCUCCCCCAGGCCUGUACCUCCGAGGGACCCUCAGCUGUCUCCUGGGGUCCUGGGGUCCCCCCUGGCCAUCCGGGAGUAGGAAGAGCACUCCAAUUCUCCCCAGCACCCUCCACCCCUUUUCAGGGCCUUCUGCCAGGGAUUCCUUCCCAUCAAGCCCUGCCUCGAAGGAGACCCCUGUGCCCCAUGGCCACGGGGCCCCUGGGCCUCCUCCUGUGCCUGGAGCCGCCCGUGCAGGAGGAGGUGGGUUGAGGGUUUGGGUGUUGGGUCUCCCAGGCUUUCUAUUCACUCCACCAACCACUCCUGUGCUCCCUCAUUCAUUCAUUCAUUCAUUCAUCCGUUGGCCCAUCCACUUAUUCCCUCCUUCACUCACAUUCAUUCAUCACAAACCCAUGGGGCUUCCUUGGAGCCAGGUGCCCCUUGGAGCCAGGACCUGCCUCCCAGGCUGUCACUCAGGGGCUCAGUGUGUGACCAGUGCCCGAAGUCCAGGGAUGGGACAGGGAGUCUAGAAGGCCACCAGCACCCCUGCCACCCCCUGCCAGCUGAAGGCAGGCCUUUCCAAUGGACCCCUGGCUGCUUGCUGCAGGGUGGACCAAGUCACCUAGGGGACCAGUGUCGGGUGUCGGGAUUGGAGGGGGGUGUCCAUUCUCACAAGGCAUGGGUGCCAUCCUACCUCCCCCAGGGGCACCCUCUGCCAGCCCACCUCCCAGGAUCUCUGAGAGGAGAAUAAAGCUGCAUGUCCUCCUUGUCCUCA